UUUCAACAUGAAGUUUUUCAAGUUUCUAACAUUUAUAUUGUGCAUUGUGCAACUAACUUAACGUUAAUGUUUCUUAUUUAAAAUUCAACUUUGUUUUUACAUUUGCAUUUCAGUACUCUCCAUUAUUUCGCUUCGUAACUGACUACAAAAGCAUGCUUUAACAUCGAUUGAAAACCUGGCAAGCAUUGAGAAGUACUGGCAAUCUGAUUGCUCGAGUUCGCAGUUGGCCAUGGAUAACGACGAGGCAGCUCCGAACAGAGAACCCCCAAGGAGUGCCCCUACUCCCCACAACAUAUCAGAAAUCUUAAGUGACUCCCCGAGUAUGGACCGAACAUCCAUGCCGUUCGCAGCGUAUUCUCCUGAAAAGAUGCCCCAGGGCAGCGUUAAUGCUGUCAUCACGCAGCCAGCCUUUAUCCACUCAACCUACCCAUCUGCGCCCCACGCCAGCAGCCUAACUCCGCUGAAUCCUUUUCAUCCCUUUUCGGCCGUCAUGCCAGCCGGUGCUCUGGGCAUCGGGAAGCUUGACAGUGAUCUACCUCCGCCGUUGCCCGUUCCCUUACUGGCCCGCAGUGAUGGAGGAAUGCCGCCCGCUCUCAAACCUCUGCCCGCGAUGCCCAUUCAUCCUCGUACCAGCUCCAUGUCCUCGGGCUCCUCGCCAGGCAUAACGGUGGCUAGUGUGGUGGGUGAAUCGAUUAUGUCGCAUUUUGCUGCAUUCGGCGCAGCGCACACUCUCAGUAUGGCUGGAAUGCGCGAAACGGGACGGGGAACCGAACACAGCAACAAGAAGCAGUCUAGUAUUGAAAAGAGCUUGAUUGGGGAUUUCACGAUGCCAUCCGAAAGCAGCAGUGACGCCAGUGGUAAACUGCAAGACCCCCGGGCGCACGGACUGACAUCUACGCAUCCGCGUCUCAAAGUGGAGGACGCUCUGGGCUAUUUGGAUCAAGUAAAGAUCAUCUUCAACCAUAAGCCGAAGGUGUAUAAUGACUUCCUGGACAUCAUGAAGGAAUUUAAAUCCCAAAGCCUCGAUACACCUGGAGUUAUUGGACGAGUGGCCAGCCUUUUCAAGGGACACGCUGAUCUGAUUGUCGGAUUCAAUGCCUUCCUUCCUCACGGCUACAAAAUUGACAUUGAUGACGAUGAAAUUGUUCGUGUGACGGUGCCUGGGAAUCAGGUUCUGACUAUAACGGAAGUUUUGCCACCUCCGUCUCCUGGAUCUACAUCCGCUGUACAGGAUCCAUCCAAGUCGCAGUCUCCCGCUUCAACAGUGUCUGCGGAUUCCGACGAUAUGGAUAGUCGUUUGGAUGACGAACUUCUUAAUGCACGACCGCUUCGUGCAACCGAUCUUCCUUUAUUUCCUGUACAAGAUGCUGACGCGCGCGCUUUGACGGCCAACGCAUUGCUGCCUGAGAGUGGAAGAGCCGGAUCAAGAGCGUCAGCUGUGCCUUCAAAGGGCGUGGAAUUCGAUUACGCCAUUAAUUACGUCAAUAAGAUAAAGGACCGAUUUAAGGAUGAACCCGCUCGUUACAAGCGAUUUCUUGAAAUUUUGCAUGCUUAUCAAGGAAAGAUUAGGGUUACGGGAGAUCGUCCGCUGGAUGAAACUGACGUCUAUAAGGAAGUAGAUCGAUUAUUCGGAGAUCACCCCGAUUUGAUGGAUGAUUUUAGUCGUUUCCUGCCUAAUGCCUGCGCUAUGGGCGGAUCCAUGACGCCUCCACCGCCCACGACUUCCACUCGGACAACAACUUCCCCCAGUCGCAGCACCAGUUCAUCACCCCAACCCACAACCGCUAGAGACCCACGAAAUCGAACGGCUUUACCGAAGUCAGGUGCCAAACGUAAAGCAUCACAAUCCGGUGCUAGCAGCCCACAAAAAUUGGAACCGAAAUCCACUGGUAAAGUCAAGGAGCCAGAAAAGAAACGUUCUAAAGGCCGACCGCGUUCUGCAGAGGAACCCGACGAGCCAGCGGGUGAACUAGUAAAACCAGUCCGACGUUACAAUAAGCAGACACCAAAAGACAAGUCUAUAAAAACCGAAGCGCUGGAUAUGAGCAAAAAGAAUGGACGUAAUCCAAGUAGUGUCAGAAUGGCGCGUGGUAAAACAAUGGAAGCGGUAGCGGUUGUACCGACUACUACCACCAAAACCGUGACUGGUCAGAAAACCAAGGAGGACAGUCAGGUCAUCGACGACGGGCAAGGGAAAUUGAAAAUGAAAAAAUCGAAGUAUAAACCGGCUUUAAUAAUGCAGCGCAAGCGAUCCAAGCGAAUGUUGUCACCCAGAAAGGUGUUCCAACCUACCCGACGAGUAUCGCUGGCCGAGGCUUUUACAUUCUCUUCGCUGGAAGAUUUUAACUUGCUUCACCGCAUUCAACGAGCAGUGCCAGUAAAUGUGUGGCAUCUGCUAUUGAAAAUGUUCGAGUUGUAUAACAGCCGAGCCAUCACCAAAGGAAAGCUCCUGGAAAUCGUGGAGAAGCUGGUUUAUCAUAAACCCAAAUUAGUGCAAGAAUUUGCACAGCUGCUGCAGACGAAAGCGGUUUUCCGCUCUGGUUCGGAGCACAUCGAGAACGGCGCUUGUUCUUCAGAAUCCGCCAAUGCUGAUGGUGAUACAAGACGAGGUGGAUUACAAAAAACCCGUGAACCAGAUAAUAGGAUUGCUGAAUUUGAUUUUAAAGCAUUCGAACGAUUUACCGAGAGUCGCAGUUAUCGCAUUCGACCGGAAACAAACAUUAAACGCAAGAGUUCCGGUUCGACACAAUUGGAUAGGAGUGUGUUGAACGAUAAGUAUGUUUCAUGCCCGAUGUUUUCGGAAGGAUCUCAGUUCACCAUUUCUAAGAAGAAUUCAGCGGAAGAAGUCAUGUUUAAAUGCGAGGACGAGAAAUACGAAAUGGAUAUGCUGUUAUCCGGUGCCGAGGCGGCAAUGGAUGCUAUGACCUUUGUUUUGAAUAAACUGACAUCCAAUAGCGUUACGGGAAAACUUCCUACAUGGGACGAGGCGUUUUUACAUCGCCGGGUUAUUACGAAAUUAUAUGGCGAAAAUGCUCCCAUAAUUUUGAGCCAUCUUAAGCGAUCUCCAGCGUGCGCGAUUCCGACCGUACUGGAAAGAAUUAAACAAAAGCAUUCUCAGUGGAUCCGAGUGCAAAACAGCAUGAGUGAAAUUUGGAUGGAGCAAGCUCGUCGCAACGCAUCCAAGAUAGGCGAUUAUAAGGGCAUCACCUUCAAACAGACGGAUAUGCGAUUUCUGCGCUCUCGACAUUUGGUUUAUGAAAUGGAGAAACUGCACAGCGAACAGCCCGAACACCCUCCAGUUUCUGUUCACAAGACAGAAGACACAGGAAAACGGAAACCGGAAGAGCCGAUGAAUCAGUCAACAACCAUAGUUAUGCCAUCCGCCCCGGAAGUCGUCAGUGGCUCCGCAGAGGAAAAGGCUCAUUUGACUGUUCGCUAUCCCAAAUCGGUUAUUGUUAUUGAUGAUGCGACAUUCUUCUUAUUACGCUACAUCAAACAGUGUUCCGCUUUCAAUCAGGCCGAAAAGAAGCAGAUGAAUCGCUUCUUACUUGAAUAUUUGUUCCGCUGUUUGAAAAUACCGGAUUCGAGCGGUAAUCGGGAAGCUGUGAUGGAGUCCAGUGAUGAUGAGACCGACAAUGAAGGAAAAUCUCCUCGAAGCGGAAAGGCGUCAGUUCCUCGUUUGUCGGACUGUACAUCGGACGAGGAGGAUCACGAAAAUAAAAACGAUAGCGAUCAUAAUAACAAACGAAAAACUAAUGACGGUGAAGCGGAACCCGUCGAGAGCACCGCUAAAAAACUGAGACCAUUGAAGGAAUUUCCCAUUUUGCCAUUGCCAUGGCCAGAAUUGUGCCAGUAUACAACGGAUUUAAAAUCUCUGGAUUCCCAGGUUGACGAAGAGCUGACGAUGGAAGCCAAAAAGCGGGAACAGAAUCGCGAACGGAUUGCUAAGCGCCUUACAGUGGGCAGUAUCGGGGAUGCUUUACCGGCUGAUGAUGCAAGCUAUGUGUUGAUCUACGGCAACGCUCCUUUCUUCCUCUUUGUCCGCUAUCAUCAGAUAUUGUGCGAUCGAUUCAGUCAGCUAUAUAACAGCUUCCAGAGUCUUUUGAUGAUGGAAACUGGAAAACAGGACACUCCAGCGUAUAUCGUCAGCAAAGCUUGUCGGCCGAGGAUUGACAUACCAGUGGAAAGAUUUUGGAUUGUUUUCAUGGACCGAUUACUGAAGUUGUUAGAUGGGAACAUUGAUCCGACCGGGUUCGAAGAGGAAAUGAGGGAAAUUUUUCGGAAAGAUGCUUAUUUGACCUUCACAUUGGAUCGCUUGAUUCAGAGUAUUACAAGACAGCUGCAUCACAUCAUAGCACAAGACCGUGCUAAAAGUGUGCGCACGUUAUGGGAAGAAGCUCGGGUUGCCAACGGAGCUGGUGGAUUGUUGUUACACCGAGAAGAACGAGGAGAAGCAGAAAAGCAAUACGAAGCUAGAGUUGCGGACUUUUUGAAAGAUCAGAAUUGUUUUAAAAUGACGGUUUUCAACUCUGGUCGCGUCUGCUUGGAACUUAUCGUUUCCGAAGAGCCGGAAGAUUUGAAACCUCAGUGCCGCACUUGGAAAGAUUUUGUGGCUUAUCAUGCUACCAACAAUAACGUCGACGACCAAUUGAGAAGUCGCUUGCUUCAGAGAGGACCGGUCUUCAUCGUCAGGCAUCAUAGACAAUUUUCGCGCCAUCGAAAGCAGCUUGGAGGAGAAAUUGACGAGGAAGAAGAAGAAGAGGAAGAUGAGGAUUUGGCUUUGGAUAGCAGCAAGACGUCUAAACCGGAAACGCCAGCUGAUUUCAGUUUGGACGACCGCUCAUGGCUGAUGAGCAUCAACAUUCGUUCACAGAUCGAAAGUGGGGACAUUCUAGGACGUGCGUUUGACAAGACACCCUUAAACGAGUGGUUGGUGUAUCGACGCGGCGCGCAGAAGAUUGCAGCUGAGAGCCAUCGGCGAGUUUCACAGCGCCGCACUACCGCCUUUAAGCGUUAUCUUUCCGAUGUAUGGACGAAGAAAGCCCUGAUAUCCCAGGAAAAACACAAAGCUUUCUUGAGCAUGAUGCGCGAGAACAUGAAUCGGUACAAGCAAGGCAACAGCGUUGAUCCGCCUUAUUUCGUGUAUUAUCUAUGUCGUUCCGACGAAAGUGAGCGGCUGGAUGAUGCGAAACCCUUUUGGAUUCAAUCUGACGCUGAAAGAGCAUCCGCCGAAGGUGAAAAAGUGGAAAAGGAGGAAGCCACUGCAGUGGACACGGCACAGUCCGACACUUCAGAGGAGGAGGAUACCGAGACAGACAAAGAUGAUAUCGAGCGGAAGGUUAAACAGCCCCGCAAGCGGGCGUCGGUCGAAGAGUCGAAUUAGUGUUGCCUGGUUUGGAAUUUAUGCAUUGAUUGCUUGCAUUCGAAGAACAGUAUUGGGGAUUUAGUAUUUAACGUUUUAUGCUUUUGAUCUUCGUCCAUUGUGUGGCAGUUAAUGCUUGUUUCUAGCGUGUGUUUUUGAGUUUCGCAUACUUUUAUCAUUCAGGAUUAAGGAACUACUGAUUAAAGUUUAUGUGUUG